CGCGAUGCGAGCAUGACGCGUGAGCGGGCCGCUGCGGAAUGUGCAAGUCAUCCGAGUCAUCUACGGUCACGAUUGCCGUUUCACGAUCGGACCUCUCGUCGUCGAGGGAAACGGCGCGCGACCCGAGUCCUCUCCUCUGCGCUCUACGCAGCAUCCGCACGCGCUCUUCUGCUUGAUCUCACCUUACCGUACAUCUCCUUUAUUCCACGUAUAAAUCUUUCAUGAGAAAGAGAAAAAACUGCGUCUCGAAUACCCCGAGUCAUUCGGACAUUGUCGUCGAUGCAUGACACGACAUAUUGAUAAUGACUUAAAGAUAAGGGGGAGGUGGAGAGGGAGAGAGAGACAGAACGUGUAUACUUGUGUAUAUGUUUAUUAUUUGAUUUAAUAUUGCUAAAGUAUGUAUAAGAUUGAAGACGCGAGGUACAAGUGUAAAAGAAUCGAGUUCACGUCCACCGUGUUAUCAAAAUCUCCGCAUCGCCGAACUAAUCAAGUUUCGAAAGUUUCUGUUCGGAUACGUAGUAAAAAAAACAUUUUGUACUUGUGUUAAAAUCGGGCCCUUGUUAAAAUUUUCGUGUUAAAUUUUUCAACAUACCUGCGCGUUAAUUUAACAUAUUGCGUGUAUUAUUUUAACAUUUUGCAUUGUAUCGUUAUUCAAUACGUGUGAGUGUUAAAUUAACACAUUUUCGCGCAUACUUCAAUGUCGAUCAGUGUAUUAAUUUUGUGUUAAUUUUGGACAUAAUACUUGUGUUGCUAAUUCAUUCAAAUAAGUUAUUGACAACCGUUGUAAUGUCUGGAUGGAAAUACAAAGGAAAUAUGUUAUUUGACUUAAAGAUAUUUAUAUUGUUUGAGGGACAAUCCUAUUUGUUGAAUCAAACAUUCAUUUCCUUGCUCUAAUCCAAACGACAAAUUUCUUUCAAUUAAAGAGACCAAGGAAGUUUGAAAUUUCGAAAAAAUCAAUUUUCGGUUUUUUGCAUAUUCCGAUACUGUGAUCCCUUAGAAAUAUCUUCCCCGUUUGUCUUUUUGAAAAAUUCGUCAAACUGAAGUCAAGAGAGCGUAAAAACGUGACAGGCGGCCGAUCGAACGCAGGUAGUCGCGCGGCCGAACGGUCCGGACGUUAUUCGAAUUCUUCGAAUUCUUUUCUCCCAUUUGCGCUUUGCCCCUUGAAUAUAACAGAAGGGAUGUAUCGAGAGUUCGUCGCAUUGCGAUCGAUUUUACUAUAUAAAUACUAUAAAAAUGUCUUCGUCGAAGAGCGAAAAGAAGAAUCCGCCGUAUGUCCGUUCGAAGCAACCGCGAGAAAAACGCUUGCGCGACAACCUUGGAAGCGUACGAAAAUUACGAGAAAUCGGACGAUAAUCCGCUGUGCCAUCCGCUGCGUCGAAGAGAAAAUUGAGUUCAGAUCGCGAUACAAGUGCGCGUAAAAAUCCGAACAUUGCGUAUGAAACGAUGAACUCUGUGACUGUUUUUAAUGCGCUAAGUGAGUACCGUUCGCGUGCAAGGUUUGCGAAGGAGAUGUGAAAUGCAGUCGGUUUUUCUCUGUGUGUACAGCAGUCUUCAGCGCGCACCGAUGAAGUGUGCAAGACGGGUUGAUCAGAUUUGCUGGAGUUUUGAAAUCAAAACAUCACCCGGAGCGAUCUCUCUCCCCCAGGCCGAGUUUCUUUCGCUCCACGUUCAAUUACAACAUAUUCGACGGUGACUGACGUGCGGAGCAGCGCGGAACAGUUUUCGCGAAAUCGGAAGCGACCGGCGAGAGUCGCAGCCUCACGGACUCGAUCACCCGAAAGACGUUCUCCAAGACCUCCCCGAGACUCCGCUCGGGACCUCUCGCGGGACGUUCGCGCGCUCCCCGUCGACUCUGUCCCGUUUCCCAUAAAUCUUCACACGCGCUUCGUUCACAUUUCUUACCGAGUCACGCUCACGUUGGAUCGCCAGUCGGGCGCUAUCGGUGCGCGCGGACAAAGGUGCACGUGUGUCGUGCGUAAUCUACGGUAAAUCGUGACGAAGCGAUCUCGCUCGCUCGCUCACAGCGGCGGCCGUUGCGAGAAAGUCCCGCCCGUCGUUCGGACUGUGCGCGGCUGCUGCUCGCGCGCUGAUCGUCGUUCGCCCGAGAACACGUGCGUAUGUAAAUCGUCUAUCCAUUCGCACGCACGCACAUACAUCAGUACGCGUCCCGCCUGUGCCUCCUGCCUGACUGAAGGCGCGCGCGCGUGCGACGACGCCAGCGUCCGGUGACGCCGCAUCUAUCGCGAUCGCCGCAGCCGUCGCUGCCGAGGUGAAGGAGAGAUGCCUGCGUCAUCGGCGUGUAUCUACCGUGAGAUCGAUCGCAACGACGAAACAUGAUCACGCCGUCGGCUCCUCGCUCCUCUGCCGUCUUCUCGUCGCGUGUCCAGUGAUUUCUCAGCGCUAGAUUGCCCGCGAUCUGGCGAGCCGGCUCUCAUUUUAAUGGAUGGAGAGAAAGAUUGCCGGCGGCAGAAAGGGGCUCAGGGCAGCUCCCACCAGGCUCACAGCAAUGCGUCAAAUUCGCUGUCCGUAUCAGGGGAAGAAGCGGAUUGGGAGGACGCGCUCAGCACGGAGAAGCACGGCGACCUCGGCGACAUGACGUUCUGCAUGGCCAACUAUGUGAAGGAAGCCAUGAAGAUGAUGUUCAUGAUGCGCACUCAUCAUAUGCUGACUGAUGUGAUACUUGAAGUUGGUACCGAAUUGUUCCACGCGCAUAAAGUUAUUUUAGCAGCUGCUAGUCCCUACUUUAAGGCGAUGUUUACCGGAGGAUUGAAGGAGUGCGAGAUGACAAGAGUGAAGCUCCAAGGAGUCUGCCCAACCGCAAUGGCUCGCUUGAUGUACUUCAUGUAUACUGGAGAAAUAAGAGUUACUGAGAUUACCGUGUGUUCGCUGCUCUCAGCAGCCACCAUGUUCCAAGUUACCAAUGUGAUAGACGCGUGCUGCGUGUUCCUGGAGAGACAGCUGGACCCGACGAACGCGAUCGGCAUCGCGAACUUCGCCGAGCAGCAUAGCUGCCAGGAUCUGUACCACAAGGCGAACCAGUUCAUCGUCCAGCACUUCAACCAGAUAUGCCAGGAGGAGGAGUUCCUGCAACUCUCGGCCAUCCAGCUGGUGUCGCUCGUCAGGAAGGACGAGCUGAACGUGCAGGAGGAGCGGGAGGUGUACAACGCCGUGCUAAAGUGGGUCAAGUACAACGAGGAGGCGAGGCGGCCGAAGAUGGAGCAUAUACUGCACGCGGUGCGCUGCCAGUACCUCACGCCGAACUUCCUGCGGGAGCAGAUGAAGAACUGCGACGUGCUGAAGAAAGUACCGGCCUGCCGCGAGUAUCUCGCGCAGAUCUUCAAGGAUCUGACGCUGCACAAGAAGCCGGUGGUGAAGGAGCGCACGCCCAACACGCCCCGGGUCAUCUACAUCGCCGGCGGUUUCCUCAAGCACUCGCUCGACGUGCUGGAAGGCUACAACGCCGACGACAAGUCUUGGACGCAGCACGCGAAGCUGAUCGUGCCGAGGUCCGGCCUGGGCGGCGCCUUCCUCAAGGGCAUGUUCUACGCGGUCGGUGGCAGGAACAAUUCACCGGGAAGCAGACGUUCGCGUGAUGUUUUCAGGUACGACAGCGACUGGGUCGACAGGUACAACCCGGUGACGGACCAGUGGCGACCGUGCAGCCCGAUGUCGGUGCCGAGGAACAGAGUAGGCGUCGCCGUAAUGGACGGCCUGCUGUACGCCGUGGGCGGCAGCGCGGGCGCCGAAUAUCAUAACAGCGUCGAAUGCUACGACCCGGAUCAGGAUACGUGGACCAGCGUCAAGCCCAUGCACAUCAAGAGAUUGGGCGUGGGAGUGGCGGUAGUGAACAGAUUGCUGUACGCGAUCGGUGGCUUCGACGGAAAGGAGCGGCUCAGCUCGGUGGAGUGUUACCACCCCGAGAACGACGAAUGGACGAUGGUGUCUACUAUGAAGUGCAGCCGUUCGGGCGCCGGGGUGGCUAGCUUAGGUCAAUACAUAUACGUUAUCGGCGGAUACGACGGGAACUCGCAGUUGAACUCGGUGGAGAGAUACGACACGGAACGCGACGUGUGGGAGUACGUGAGCAACGUCAGCAUCGCCCGCAGCGCGCUCAGCGUCACCGUUCUCGAUGGCAAACUAUAUGCGAUGGGUGGAUACGACGGUGCGACGUUCUUGAAUAUAGUGGAAAUUUACGACCCCGUCAAGGACCAGUGGAUCCAAGGUGUUCCUAUGACUUCGGGGAGGUCCGGUCACGCCAGUGCGGUGUCGUACUACCAGUGUCCCAUGCAUUGCGAUCACUUGGACCACAACAUCACGUUGGAGAGACCGCCGUCGUGAUACUGGAACGGGCGGUUCUUCUUCUUGAACAACGCUCGCGAGUAAACAACGGCCGAGUCAGUCCUCCGUGUCGCUAUGGAAGUGUACACAAAGUGGAGAAAUAGGACCGUGACGAUGACGGAAGAUACGAUACAGAGAUCGGGACGAUUUCGUGAGAGGGCGAUCGACGUUUGUGCGGAGAACUCGACUGAGAAUUGUAUUUAUAUAGUGUAAUGUACCGAACGGCACACGAAGUGUGUCGUCGAAUCGGACCAAGUCUGAAAGUUACGAAACCGGCUGGCGAAAGACAUUCUUGAGAGGGAAAACGUCAACUUCUCUCGUUUCUCUUAUUUUACCGCGACGGCUCGACUUGCUGAAGGAUCAAAAUUCGCCUUGUCCACUAGGAUAGAUCAGACUGUAAUACGUUUUUAUAGCCUCGAUCAUGGACGACUCUGUAAUUAAUAUAAUUGUACAUAUGUCGCAUGUAAGAAAGUUAUUUUCAAAGAA